UAGCUCGUGGCCUUGUCUGUCUUUGGCCUGGGACUUCGGAUUGGUUCGGAAGCAAAUUGUUUACUAAAGUAGGCCUCAGGGUCCGCCCCGCGCAAGCGAUUGGUCAGCGGAGUGGAAGCGGGGCGGGGCCGGAAGAUGACAGGCGUCAUGGCGACCACGCCGCUGCUGCGGGACCGCCUGAGCUUCCUGCACCGGCUCCCGAUUCUCCUGAAGGGAACAUCGGACGAUGACGUCCCGUGUCCAGGCUACCUGUUUGAGGAGAUCGCAACCAGCCCAGCCUGGUGUGGCCUGGGGUCAGCUCGCCCCUUCCCUAACCUGAGCGCCUCCCAGAAAUUUCCCACGAGUCCCUGGGCAGCAGCCAAUGCCUCCUGGAGUACCUUCUGAACCGUCUGCACAGCGGCUCUGGCCGAGUGAAGCUCAAGGUGCUGAAGAUCAUGCUCCACCUGUGUGCUCAUGGCUCCCCGUCCUUUCUGCUCAUCCUCAAGCGUGACCCCACCUUCAUCCAGGAAGCCGCAGGUUUUGCAGGGCCUCCGGAUCCUCUCCAUGGGAGCAGUUUGUACCAGAAGGUGCGGGCGGCUGCCCAGGACCUGGGGACCGCCUUGUUCUCUGACACCUGGCCACCUCCGCCUGCCGCCCAGCCUCCCAGGGCCCUGCCCCCAGCAGGCAUGGGCGCCCAGUGCAGGCCCCAGAGCACCCUCCAGGGCUUCGGCUACAGCAAGGAACAGGGCCGCACAGGCUCUGCAGGGGAAACCUUCCUCUCCACCAUCCAGAAGGCCGCAGAGCUGGUGGCUAAUGCCAUGCGCCCUGGGGCUAUGAGCCCCAGCGCCCAGAGGCCCCUGCGGCAGAGUGAUGCCUACCAGCCCGCCGUCACGCCUGCAGUCAGUGACUCCCUCCUGACUCCUCGGGCUCCAGUACCUGGAGCCGCCCUGGGCACCAGGAGCCGAGCCAUGAGACCCCAGCCUGGGCAGGCUGGAGGGGGCUGGGAUGAGCCAGACAGCAGCUCCGGCUCCCAGAGUUCUUCCCAGGAGAACAGCACCCUGAGUAAGGCCUCGGGCUCAGGCAGCCACUCGGGCAGUGACAGCCCCUCGGGGGCAAGCCAGGCCCCCAGUGACCUGGCGGAAAGCCCUGACCGCUGUGCUGAUAGGGUCGAGGCCGUGGGCCUGAGCGGCUGCCUGCAGGAGCUGAGCCUGGUUGAGACUGUGAUGCGGGGGCCACACCCCUUCCUGAGCGGGGAGGAGGUGCAGCACUUCGUCACAGAGUGUGGGCUGCUCAACUGCGAGGCUGUGCUGGAGCUGCUGGUCCGCCGCCUGGGCGGGGCCCGAGAGUGCGCGCAGAUGAGAGCCCUGUGUGCCAUCGCCUCCCUGGGGCGCACCGACCUGCUCUCCCAGGAGCAUGUGCUGCUCCUGGCCCGGCCUCGGCUGCAGGAGCUCAGCGCAGGCCGCCCUGGACCUGUGGCCAGCAAAGCCACCAAGAUUCUGAGGCACUUUGAAGCAUCCUGCCGUCAGCGACCCCCAGCCCAGAGGCUGCUGGCUGAGCCCAGUCCCGCACCUGCCCGCAUGGGCCCUUCUGACCUGCUGACCGACUCUGUGCCCUUCACGGGGGACCAGGCGUUCCUGCAGCCUCUCAGUUCAACCCUGUUCCUGCCCAAGGGCACUGCUCCCCCAUCAGGGCUGCAGCCCAGCCCCGCGCUGCCCCCUCCCUCGGAUGGCACCCUGCUCGCAGUCUCUGGGGGUACCAGGGAGGCUGAGACCAGACUGGCAGGUGCCAGAGAGCAGGGGCCUGGAUCUGAGCAAGACCCAUCAGACACAGACACCCCAAAGGGAGAGCCAGAGCUGGGCCCAGGCCCCAGUGACUGUCUGUGGAGCCCAGCAGCCAGCAUUGGCUGCAACUCACUGUUUGCUGGCAUGGAGCUGGUGGCCUGUCCCCAGCCUGUGGGUGCCAGGACUGCUGUAAAGGAGCCCCUCCCAACCCCCCAGGCUGCCCGGACAUUGUCACAGAGGGCGGCAGCGGAAGAGCCUCCUGGCCCAGAGCCCUCGUCAGCCUUCGCGUUCUUAAACUCGUGACCUUGCUGGCCUGGCCGCAUGCAGUCCCUGUGUCCCCUGGCCCAUGCCUCCCAGUACCUGUGACUGCCGUCCCCUCUGUCUGUGGCCCCUGUGGCCCACCAAAGGUGGUUUUCCCCCAAGUGUCUGCGGACCUCGCCCCCCAUGCGGCCUCUUCCCCACCCACUGAGGCCUCGGUGUGGGCCGCUGCCUGGGUGGCUGUCCCAUCAUCCAGUGAAACAGCCACGGGUGAGCCUUGGGGGACGUUCUGGUCCACAGCCAGCCAGAGCAGGAUGGCCCUGCAGAGGGGUGCUCUGCCCACGGACUCAGCUCCCAGUCUUGCUUCCAGCAAGUGCCCUAUUUUCCUGCUGGGCAGGACCUCACCCGAAGGCCAUUCUUAUGGCAUAAGGGCUGGACGAGCAGCCCACAGGCCGUGCAGAGAGGGCGGGAGAGGCGUGGGGCCUGCUGGUUUCUGGGCAGGAUGAGCUGAGCCGCUUGCUAAGGUUGGCAGCUGGUGAGCCCUGGGCCGCGCGUCUCCUGCCUUGUGGCUGUCCGGUCUGGUGGGCUCAGUGCACCAGCCGUGGGUCCAUCUGCGAAUGUCACCAGGCUCCAGCCCAAGGCCAGAGGGACGGGCAGGGGGUGCAGCAGGGCAGAGAGUACCACUUGGCCUGCUUGGUGGGGCAGCGGGAGAGACCAAAUUCAGAAGCCAGAUGGCCUGUGGAGCUGUCCCAAAUUCCCAGGGUCCUCAGAGGUACAGCAGAAAAAGGUACCCAGCACCUCCACGGGGUACAGUCAGGAGGAGGCGGAGAGGCCCCCUCUCCAGGCUGUGGCACCUGGCCAAGCUGCUACCAUUAUUUCCAGGUGACGACCCUGAAGAAAGGGACCCCAGGGCUACCACCUGGGUCCUCAUCCACUGUACCCAGAUCUCCUUUGCCGGGGGCUGGCAAUUUGGACUUGAAUUCCUAUAGUAGUGGGCAUGUAUGAGGCAGGGCUUCAGGAAUGCUGAGCCGGGGGGCCCUGAGGACACCCCUGCCUCCCCGCCCUCAGAAACAAGGCUGUGUGUGUGGAUCUGGGACCAUUGCUCAGGUCUUACCUUGUUUUUGAGCUCAGAUCCCUCCUGCCACAUGGCGGUCAUAAGCCACACACCUUGUCCAUAAGGAGGUGGCCGUUUCCAGCGUCAGGUCCCCGUAUGACCCAUGUCUGCUGCCUCCGCGCUGACUGCUCCCUGCAGAUUGCGAAGGGCCAGCCCCCAGCUGGCGGCUCUGGCCCCUCGCAGGACUGAGGACGGCUCCCGGGAUCCCACUUCCGAAAUAAACACUGUCAUUCAUACAAAGCCA